GCCCUCGCUAGUGUGCUCGCUGCAGUGCAGGCGGCGCUUUGUUCCGCGUCACGCCAGCCUAACGGAAAACAGCGGCUCUUCGCUGGGGAUGAAGGGACUGGUCUCCGGCGCAGAAUAAGCGGAGGAUUGCGCACAGCGCGGCUGGAUGCGGAGGAGUAGCAUGAGAGCGGCUUCAUAAACACUCAGUUCUCCGCACACGCCCGCUUUAUUCCAGCGCCAUGGACAAGAUGGAGCAGGAGGUGUUCUCGCCUUUGUUGGAGGAUUUUCUGCUGUCUCCGCUGGUGUGCUGGGUGAAGACGGUCUCUCCGCUGGGCUCCGAUGGCUCUCCUCUCUCCGAGUUCAUGACACUGGUGGACGGGGUUUAUUUAAACGACAUCAUGACUGAGAUAAACCCAAAGAGCAGCGUCCAGAGAGCCCACAGGAAGGUCCACAACGACCCGACGCUGCGCAUCCAGAACCUGUCCAUCCUCGUGCAGCAGAUCAAGUCCUGCUAUCAGGAGACGCUGCAGCAGCUGGUGGUGAUGUCACUUCCUGACGUGCUGGUGCUGGGCCGGACUCCUCUGAGCGAGCAAGGACUGGAGGAGAUGAGGAAGAUCCUGCUGCUGCUGCUGGGCUGUGCUGUACAGUGUAACAGGAAGGAGGAAUACAUCGACCGGAUCCAGACGCUGGACUUUGACAUGCAGGCAGCCAUCGCCGCUCACAUUCAGGAGUCGCCCGGUGAGUCGAGCAUGAGACGCACGGAGAGCGUGCAGCAUCUGUCGGUGGAGCUGGCCGAUGCUAAAGCCAGGAUCAGACGCCUGCGGCAGGAGCUAGAGGAGAAGACUGAGCAGCUGCUGGACUGCAGACAGGAGCUGGAGCACAUGGAGACGGAGGUCAAGAGACUGCAGCAGGAAAACCUGCAGUUGCUGUGUGACGCGCGGUCGCUGCGGGCGUAUCGUGACGAGCUGGAUGCUCUCAGAGAGAAGGCCGUCAGGGUGGACAAACUGGAGAGUGAAGUGACGCGCUACAAAGAGAAACUCCAUGACAUUGAGUUCUACAGGACCAGAGUGGAGGAACUGAAAGAGGACUAUCAGGUUCUCCUAGAGACCAAGAGCAUGCUGGAGGAUCAGCUGGAGUCAUUCAGAGCUCGAUCUGAUAAACAUCAUGAGCUGGAGAAGGAAAAUCUGCAGCUUAAAAACAAGGUCCAUGACAUGGAGAUGGAGCGAGACAUGGACCGGAAGCGCUUGGAGGAGCUGCUGGAGGAGAACCUGAUGCUAGCGGUGGCCCAGAAACAGAGCAUGGACGAGUCUCUGCAUCUGGGCUGGGAACUGGAGCAGCUCUCCAAGACCACUCCCGAGCUCACUGAAGUGCCGCAGAAGUCUCUGGGUCACGAGGUGAAUGAGCUGACGUCCAGUCAGCUGCUGAAGCUGGAGAAGGAGAAUCAGAUGCUGCUGAAGAGUGUGGAGGAGCUGAAGGCCUCCGGUGAGAGCGGCGCGCACCUCCGUCUGGAGAAACACAACCAGAAACUCAGCCAGCAGCUGGAGCAGCUGCAGGCGGAGCUGGCUGCAGACAGAGAGAGUCUGCGCAGCGCUGAGAGUCUGAGCGCAGACCUGCUGAAGGAGAAGGCGCAGCUGGAGAAAACCCUGGAGACGCUCCAGCAGAACUCCGACAGACAGGUCAAGGGUCUGGAACAGGAGAACGAUCAUCUGAACCAGACCAUCGCCUCUCUCAGACAGCGCUCUCAGGUCAGCGCUGAGGCCCGCGUCAAAGACAUCGAGAAAGAAAACCGCGUGCUGCACGAGUCCAUCAAAGAGACCAGCAGCAAGCUCAACAAGAUGGUGUUUGAGCGCAAACAGCUUCGCAAAGACCUGGAGCACUACAAAGAGAAAGGAGAAAGAGCCGAGGAGCUGGAGAUGGAGGUCCAUCGACUGGAGCGAGAGAAGGAGAAUCUGCAGAAGCGUCUCGCUGCUCUCGCCAUCACCUGCGGGAAGGUGGAGGUGCUAGGCCUCAAUAAAGAGGGGCUUCUGGGUGAUGAAGAGAGCUCUGAUGACAGGUUUAAGCUUCUAGAGUGUAAACUGGAGUCCACUCUGAAGUCCUCUCUGGAGAUCAAAGCGGAGAAGAUCGCUGCUCUAGAAGCCCGACUGCAGGAGUCCUCCAACCUCAACCAGCAGCUACGACAGGAGCUCAAAACGGUGAAGAAGAACUACGAGGCCCUGCGCCAGCGUCAGGAGGAGGAGUGUUCGGCUCAGAGCUCGCCUGCUCGAGGACGGGAGGACACACAGAGCAAGUGGGAGAAGCAGAGUCAGGAGGCCACGCGAGAGCUUCUGAAGGUCAAAGACCGACUUAUAGAGGUGGAGAGAAACAACGCCACUCUCCACGCAGAGAAGCAGGCUCUACGGACGCAGCUGAAGCAGCUGGAGUCUCAGAGCGGGAAUCUCCAGGCGCAGAUAUUAGCUCUUCAGAGACAGACUGCGUCUCUACAGGAGAACAACACCACACUACAAACACAGAAUGCCAAUCUACAGGUGGAGAACUCGACGCUGAACUCUCGGAGCGCCGCUCUCAUGUCCCAGAAUGCUCAGCUGCAGACGCAGCAGUCCGGCACAGAGAGCGAGAGGGACGUGGCCAUACGAGAGAAGGAGGAACUGCGCACGGUCUAUGAUCUGCUGCUGCACGACCACGAGAAGCUGUCUGCGUUGCACGAGAGACAGGCGUCGGAGUACGAGGAUCUGAUCGGCAAACACGGAGAGCUGAAGAGCGGCCACAAGAGCCUGGAGCUGCAGCACCGCAGCCUGGAGAACAGAUACAAUCAGCUGCUGAAGCAGAAGACCGAGCUGGAGCAGCUGGAGAGAGAUCUCACAGCAGAGCGAGAGAAGAUGAUCUCUGACAGCAAGAGUCAUCAGGACACAGCUACACAGUACCAGAGGCUCAGCGAGGAGCACCACAUGUUGAGCUCCACACACCAGCAGCUCCUGAAGGACAAUGAGCUUCUGCAGACAGAUCAUAAGACUCUUAAGAGUCAGCUGAACACGGCCCGGCUGGAGCAGACACGUCUGGAGGCCGAGUUCUCCAAACUCAAGGAACAGUACCAGCAGCUGGACAUAACCUCCGCCAAACUCACCAACCAGUGCGAGUUGUUAAGUCAGCUGAAGGGGAACCUAGAGGAAGAGAACCGGCAUUUGCUGGAUCAGAUCCAGACCCUCAUGCUGCAGAACCGGACCCUGCUGGAGCAGACCAUGGAGAGCAAAGACCUGUUCCACGUCGAGCAGAGACAAUACAUUGAUAAACUCAAUGAACUGAGGAGACAGAAAGAGAAGCUUGAGGAGAAGAUUAUGGAUCAGUAUAAAUUUUAUGACCCGUCACCUCCGCGAAGGAGGGGUAACUGGAUCACACUGAAGAUGAGGAAGCUCAUCAAGCCAAAGAGUCGUGAGCGCAUGCGCUCUGUCACACAGACUCCUCCCCGCUCCGAGUCCAGCGAAGGGUUCCUGACGCUGCCGCAGCCAGACAGUCAGGACAGCUCGUCCGUUGGCUCUGGAUCCAACUCACUGGAGGACAAUCUCACCCACCGCAGCGGCAGGAAGAAAGUUGAGAAAAGCCAAACGCAGGCUUCCUCUAACGCGCUGAAAAAGCUUCCGUUCAUGAGGAACCGAUCCAAGGAGAAAGACCAAGUGAAGGCCGUCUACCGCCGCUCUAUGUCCAUGAACGACCUGCUGCAGACGAUGGCUGUGUCCGAGGUUCAGUGGUCCAGCAGCACGGAUCAUCUCGAAGCUCAGCACGGGAAGGAGUUUGGAUCCAUGGACUCCGCCGGCCUGAGCCUGAGCCUGAGUCGCGGCCCCAGCGCUCGCCACCGCUCCGACACAGGUGCAGCCGUGUCCAGUGAAGACGUCAUGCAGCUGUCGGAGCAGGAGCGAGCUCAGGGUGUGAUGAACGGCAGUGCGAGUCGGCCUCGCAGCGAGAGCAGUGACGUCAGUGUGAGUCGGGACAGUCCCGCCGGCCAGACCUCAGCGCAACACAGCGCUCUGGAGGGCAAACGCAGGGCCAAGUCUGCAGGAAGUGAGGUGGUUUCCCUGCAGCAGUUCCUGGAGGAGAGCACAGAGCCAGCAGAGUCGUCUGGUGUGUCCGGAGCUGUGCCGCGUGUGAAGAGCCGAGGCAUCCUGCGCUCAGCCAGCGGUAAGGUCCCUGCGGGAGCCAGUCAGCCAGGCCGCCCCAGCCUGCGCAAGGCCGAGAGCACGCGGUCCAAGGUCUUGCCCCGAGCCGGCCUGUCUGCGCAGAGCAAAGCCUCGUCAGCGUCUCUGUCGGAGCAUCUGGACUCGUCCUCAGGCCUGCCCCGCGCCAGCAGCGUCAUCUCCACCGCCGAGGGCUCCGUGCGCCGCACCAGCAUCCACGAGCUGCUCUCCAAGGACAGCCGGCAGCCCGUGCUGGUGGACCCCGCGCCCUCCCGCUCCCAGAGUGAGUACAGCGACCCAGCCCUGCACAAGUCUGCUAGCAUGCCCUGCCGUGUACAGGAGCCCGAGCUGUCCAGCCUGCAGGCCUUUCUAGGUCCCUCCUUCACCGUAGACUCCAUCUUUCUGGACUCCAUCUUUAGCGAGCCAGCGGUGACGGGUGGUGCUAGAAACCAGGCCAUCCUGUCCCUCAACACAUCUCUCGUUAGUAGCAUUAGCGGCCCUCCCCAUAAGGCCAAGCGCUCAGACGAGCCCGAGGAGGACGGCCAGUCGCUGUGGUACGAGUACGGCUGCGUGUGACCCCUGACCCCCGCCUGCAUGAGUCUGCUCUGUGUUAUGUCUUUGUAGCGACGCUCAUGUGAUUCUUCUGUUGGACUGAACCUCCAUCACUCUUAUAUUAACUGAUGCUGUCUGCUGUGUGUGUAACCGCUGAUCCACUUUCAUAUUUAUGAACACGAGGUCCCAUGAUGCUCCUCUGAUUGUUUUAUUGAAAUGACACGGUGUGGCUGUUUCCCCGAUGGUGUUUGUGUGCAUGCCUGUGGUCUGGUGUGGGUUGUGUUGUGUUGGCGUGUGAUGUGAGCCGUAGCCUGUAUGAACACACCACUCUGCAGGUCAAACUCUGCUGAUCCAGCGCCCAUCGUGUUUGAUGCAUGCUGUGUGUCCACAUAACGUCCUUCAGGACACUGAUUCUUCUGUAAUGUGCCGUUGAAGUGUGGCUUGCUUUCGUUCUGCAGAUGUGGAAGUGUUUCAGGAAAACAGGAAGACUAAGAGCAGAGGUGGAGCUCAGAGUUUGUCCUGAAUUCACACGGUGAGU